UUUCACUCUCAAAAAAUUACCCAUUUUCUUUCCUCUCCUUCUUUUCCUCGGUCCCCUUUCGCAUAUAUCUCUGUGUGCGCGAAUCUCUAACCCUACUCUGGUCCACGCUCUGUUUGAUUAUCGCUUCAUCAGACAUCAGAGCGAGCUUCGUCGAGUUUUCACGCUGCAAUCGGGCUUAUGAAGGUGAAGGGCUUAUGAAGAUGGCGGCUGAACCACUUACAGCUGAGGCAAUUGCACUCACUGAGAAGAAAAUGGGCAUGGCUUUGGAUGAUAUCAUCAAGAUGUCUAAGAAUACCUCAACUAAAGGAAAGAAGCAGCGAAGACCUCCAAAUAAAAAUCAGAAAUUUAAUGCUGCCAAAGAGAAUGCAUUGAAGGUGAGACGAUAUAUGGACUCCAGGUCUGCUGUUAGACAGGGGGCUCUUGCAAAGAGAAGAUCAAAUUUUCAAGGAAACCAAUUUCCUUUCACAAAAGAGGUUGCUCGGAAGGCUGCUGUUGCUCCUUUUUUUGUUAGAGCUUCUUCUGGUGUUCGAAUGGCAGAAUUUAACAAAUCAAGGUUUGGAGCUCUGCCAACACAGAGAAGGGCUGCAAGUGGAGGCUUUGCUGUGAAGGUGCCUCAGCAACAGGAAAAUCAGUCUCAGCAAGGGAAUGUGGCAGCCAAGCAGAGGCCUCAAACACUGGACUCCCUGUUUGCAAAUAUGAAAGAGCAGAGGAUGAGGGCAUUAUCAAGGCAGAAGAACAGCAAUUUACAACGUAAUGGAGGCAGUAGGCCAAGAGUGCCUUGGGCAAGAGCGCGAUUUAGCAACUGAUGUAUGUUUGGAGUAUAACGUUGCUAAAAGAUAGGCAUUGGAUGUAUGUUGCAUGGCUUGGUGCCCAGAUAAAAAAAAAAAAAGGGUUUGCCAUUUACUUUUUUCUCUUGCUUUAUUGCUUUUUUGGUCCUUCUGGUGUUCUCUGUUCAAGGACAUUCAACUUCAACCUUGGUACUUUUUUUUUUCAAAUAUAAUUUUUUUCUGAUCUAGCAGUGUAUAGCAGCCUGCAAUUCUGUAAAAUUGAUCAAUGUUUCUCUGCAUCAAGUGUAUUUAUCUUGCGCGGUUUCCAGAGCUGAACACUUAAAUGAAUUUAGUAAGUGGAAGUAUGGUUUUGUUAACUAAAA